UCAACUGAGAGAUAAACGACAGAGAGUUUAAGAACAUUAAAGAUGUUGUGAAAUACAAGUUGAGACUUGGUUCGGUAUACAAUCGACAUUGUUCGGGUUUCACAAUUUAAGCGGUGAUAUCGGUAGCUAAACAAACAACGCAUUACAAUGGGCUGAGAUCACAGGAAUAUAAAUAAAUACUAGAUCCUUAAGGAUCAUUGAUACAUGUAACAAUGUUAUGGUUUUAAAUCUGACAAUGAAAAUACGAAGAUCAUUUUUGGAAUAGAGCCAUUUAUAUCCUUCAUCUUAACAUAGAUCUAAGAUGACCUGCUUACAUAUUUAUCUUAAUCUGGUAUCGUUCACAUGUUCCUGAACUGAAACAAAAAAUAUUUUUUGUUCAAAAGCCUUGACCAUUUGAGCUUAUCCACAUGCUACAUAAAUAAUCAAAUUGUAUAUUUAAAAUAUCAAAGUCUUAGAAAAAAAGUGUCUCCAAGAGAAGUUGAUGUUUGCGAUACCAUCUCAUAUUGGCUGGUUAUCCGGUCCUGUCCUGGUGUUUUUUAUUUUGCAUACUUACAUGUAAGAACUGGAUUAUGCGGUUUUUACUUUUUCAAUUGCAUAUCUAUGUUUUGUUAUUAUUUAACAUACAUUUAAUAACCUGGUAGAUAGGACACAUCCCCCAAUUACAUGGAACGUGUUCUGGAAUUUUAAGCACUUACAAUUAGACUAAGUUUAAAAAUAUAAUGUCCUAAUUUGCAAUUGGUCAAAAAUAUAGGCUAGGUGAUACCUAAAUAUCGAAUUACGGAAACAACAGCAAUUUGAUGAAUUGAAUGUCUAUCUUUUUUUAUUCUCGCGUAUUUCUUAUCACUGUAUAUAAAAAUCAAAAUAUAAAUUUAUCAUCAACUGUUGAUUAAAUGUUAUCGCACAUCUGAAUAUCUUAAGAAACAAAUUGAUGGUCUGUUAUAUAAUAUGAUUUAUACUUGUUGGUUCAAUGAGAUAUCUAUAUCAUCUAUUUGAACUUUAACGUGGCUUACUAGCACCAUAUUCUUCAGAAUUUGACUUUUAAUUUUGAAAAAUGAUAAGAGUGAAAACGUUUAACAUUGAUUUCCAAUACAAACGAAUACAGUCAUUGGUAAUGAAAGUACCCACGGAAAGGGUAACCGGCGUUUUCCUUCAUCGUAACUGUAAAAGUUUGGGCUAAUGACAAUACUUAAAAAUGAUAAACACAAAUUUUACGAUAAAUUAAUAGAAAAAAGUAUAACAAACGUUAUCGACCAAUCUGAGUAUUUUUUUGCUGAAUACUAGUAACCACGGAACAGGCAUAUUUGCUUCUUAAGAAACUGUACAGUUUUAUUUAAUUAUAACUAUGUGCAAACACACCCGAUAAUGUACACUAAAGAAUUGUAUUACUCAUCAGAGAUGCCUUACAAUGAAAAGGCACGUUUUUCCUUGUUGAUUGUACUACAUAUUCAAUAUAAGUCACUGCCGUGAUUUCAGCGAUGGAAGAAAAUAAUUUGGAAUUAGGCGUACUAGUAUCGAAUAAAGCAUACACCGGUCAGAAUGACAGUGAUGCACACAAGGAACCGGAGGUACACAUAGAGGUAGAUCCUUGGGAGUUACCAGAAGUUCAAGUAAUAUUCACAAAAUGGUCAGACCUAAGUUGUUAUAUGAAAGUGAAGCGUGUGGCAGUUGGUGUUGGAAAAACAAUUUUAUUACUUGGCUGUCUUUAUUUCUUCAUUUGCUCUCUGGACUUGAUGAGUAAAUCAUUUCGGUUAAUUGGAGGUAAGCGUUAAAUAUGUUACAAUUUAAACUCACAAGUACCCUUAAACAAAAGAUGUUAAAUAUAUUAACAUAAAAUAUACUUAUAUAUCGUCUUUUGGCAUUGCUUGUAAAAAUAAUGAUUUUUUUACCAUUUUCUUUAAAAUACAUAUA